AGGAGCACCCGCCGGUAAAGAAUUCAAAUUUAGCUUUGACACAAGCCAGCAUCACCACGCCACCAUGUUUGCGGUAAUGCGUAUUGACAACGACGACCGUAGGGCCGACUUCCGUCGCAAGAUGCGACCAAAGUGCGAAUUCGUCUGCAAGUACUGCCAGCGGCGCUUCACCAAACCGUACAACCUGAUGAUCCACGAGCGCACGCACAAAAGCCCGGAGGUGACGUUCUCCUGCGAGGUUUGCGGCAAAUACUUCAAGCGGCAGGACAAUCUACGCUCGCACAGAUGCAGUCAAUGUAUUUGGCGAUCCAUCCAUAUGGAUAGGACAAUGAACGGUAACAACAAUCGAGCAUACUGAGCGUUUCAGUUACGGGCGGAUUUGCUUUCAGAUUUCUUCCCUUCCUUUACUGCUUGCGCGUGC